AUGUCGUCUUCAAGCCUCUGUCUCGGUUACGGAGACCUUCAUCCUUUUGCAAAGGUCAAUAUCCAGGACCGCAAGUCAGUCCAAGACCUCCUCAAAACCUUGCUCGACCCUCUCCACCCAUUCUUCUCGCCGCUCAAGGCCCGUGUGCGCUGUCCAGGCGCAACCGCCGUACGAUUUGACAAUGCGGCCGCCGAGGUCGAGGGUCUCUGUCGACCUCUCUGGGGGCUGGCCUCGCUGCUUGCCGGACGGGGCGAGUAUGAGGCGACCGACCUGUGGAUUCAAGGCAUCAAAGCUGGGACCGAUCCUGAAAAUUCAGAGUACUGGGGUCGACCGCAGGACAACGACCAGAGGAUGGUGGAGAUGUGUCCUCUAGGUAGAUCAUGGCCACUGCUGAAAGCAAAGAUUCAGGCUAACCGGCGGUUACUAGGUUUUACCCUUGCUGUCACUCCAGGAAUAUGGGACAAGUUCUCCGAAGGAGAGAGAAGAAACAUCGAGGCAUGGCUGGGGAACUCGAUCAACGAGAAAAACAUGCCAAACACCAACUGGCUGUGGUUCCGCGUAUUUGCCAAUCUGGGGCUGAAAAAGGUAGGAGGGCAGUACUCCCAGGACAGAUUGACAAAGGAUAUCAAGCAUCUCAACACCUUUUAUCGCGGGGCUGGUUGGUCCAACGACGGGCCAGAAGGUAUUCAUCAAAUGGACUAUUACUCGUCCAGUUUUGCCAUUCAGUUCCUCCAGCUCAUCUACUCCAAGCUCGCGGCGACAGACGACCCCGCCAUGGCGGCCGAGUUCAAAGAGCGAGCUCGAGCCGCAGCUCUUGAUCUGGUACACUACUUUGACGACGAGGGAAGGGCGAUUCCAUUCGGCCGCAGCAUGAUAUAUCGGUUCGCUGUUGUCUCCUUCUGGGCAGCGCUGGCCUAUUCUGAUGUUGAGCUGCCUGAACCUCUCACUUGGGGCAUGGUGAAGGGAAUGGUGCUGCGGAACUUGCGCUGGUGGCAGACGCAGACAGACAUGUGGACUUCGAGCGGCACGCUUUCGAUUGGAUACUCGUAUCCAAACAUGUAUAUGGCUGAGAACUACAACAGCCCUGGAAGCCCGUAUUGGGCCUGUCUGGCCUUUCUGUGCUUGGCUGUACCGGAGCAGCAUCCGUUCUGGACAUCACCGGAGCAAUCCACAACCGGAUUCUUCCCCUCUAUUAAGCCUGUGGAGUACCCCGGACACAUCUUGAGCAAUCUUGGCGGCCACUGCAUGCUUCUGUCGUCUGGACAGGCAUGCGGAUAUCCUAUGAAGGCGACGCACGCCAAGUAUGGUGGCUUUGCGUACAGUAGCCACUUUGCCUACUCGGUUCCCCCAGGUCUCUUCUCUCUAGAGCAAUACGCUCUAGCCUCCCAGCUGGGAUUCUCAGACGAUGGAGGUGAGACGUGGAAGACGAGAAGACUCUGUGAACAGGCAGCCAUCCAAUACCGUCAUGGAAAGGCUGUACUAGUCUCUACCUGGAGACCAUUCUCGGAUGUCGUUGUGCAGACUACUUUGGUUCCGCCCGAGCAUAGCACCCCCAACUGGCACUUGCGGGUUCAUCGCAUCCAGGCAGGUCGAAGGGUGGCUACUGCAGAUGGGUCUUUUGCCGUCCGUAACGUGAACUCUGUUGACGGACGUUAUCUUGGUCUGUAUGACGCGAAAACCCUCGAGGGAACCUCGCCGAAAAUCAUCGGGAACUACGACACCGAAUCCCCCGCCGGCUGGUCCGGCGGAGUAGAGGGCGCCUUUGCUGCGUCAAAGGGGGCUGCAGGAAUCCGUGCCUUAGAGCCUGGAACAAGACGCAGAGCCAUGUUGGUCAACGCCGACCCAAACUCCAAUCUCGUGGAAAGCAGGACUACCAUACCUACACUACAAGACACCAUCGCCGAGGGUGAGACGGUCUGGUACGUAACAGCCAUUUACGCCAAACCUCCAACGCCGGGCCUGGAUAGACAAGACUCGAUGGCUGGCUGGGAGGAGCUUCCACCUGUGCCAAGCUGGCUCCAGUCGGAAAUGGCAGACACCAGUGGAUAA